GAUGAGAAAAAUCGAACGUCAGCCAGCCAGCAGUGCAAAAUAUUCCGCGUUAAAAACGCGCUCCUAUAAUCUGCGAUUCCUCCGAGAUGGUUCCUUGUAAAAGUCACAGUGCCCAGUGUAACGAGUAAAUAAUAAAACCAAACGGAACAGUGAAAGUGGAUUGAUAAAAGUGAAAACUUUUUGAGUGAUUUGAUUGAAAUAAAAUUAAAGUUGAUUUUUGAGUGAAUCUUCCGAAACGGGAAUGACUCGGAUACAUAGAAGGUAGCAGCAAUAGAAAAAAAGACGGGAAUAAAAAGCAAGUUAAGCUGACGCAGUGGAGCUCCCGGAUUUCGCAAUAAUUGCGUAUUGAAGUUUUUAUUCAGCUACCCGUGUGUUUCUAAUAUCCAUCCGCUACCGUCCUGUCGUGCCGAUAAGUGUGUUGUUGAACAUUAUGUAAUUUUUGGUCCACGCGUAUCCCGGUAGCUGUGUAGUGUAACAAGGAAUACUGAAGGAGUCAAUCAACAGUGAUAAGGCAGAUAUUACGCAGAAGUAAAUUCAAAUCAAGCAAAAAACAGUAAAAAUAUAUUCAGUCUGCAAUCUUUCGCUGCUACAUUUUAAUGCUGAUGUUUGUGAAGUUUCCUUCAGGCCGCAGCGUAUUCUACAGUGGGUCACGACGGAACUAUUUGUCGUAGUGCCUACUUUUUAUUGGAUUGGAAUACCUAGUGCAUUUAGACAAUCAUUGGAAUUACUGUUUUUGGUUGGAUCCCAUAAUGAUCACAGCAAGGCGAAUGGACUGUGCACUGCGAAAGCGGCUCAUUCUGGUUUUUAGCUGAAUUCGUCGUUCGGUGUGCAUCUCUUGCUUUGUGAUUUAAUAAAAUUUGAUUGAAGACGUGGUGUGUGCGUUUAUGGAAAAUAUGAAGCUUUAAAAAUCAACAGAGCAAUGUGUAUAGGCACAGCUCAGAAGGUGCAAAUGGCUUAGUGCUGCUGUGAGGAAGAGCUAGAGCGAAGAAAAGUAUACCGCAGUGAAGAAGCGCUGUUCGAGAUAAUGGAAUUUUUUGUGAGACAUCGCUUGUUGAAAAACCAUUGGGACUUGGAGGCGUAUCAGAGAAAAAACGUUCACAACAUCUGUUUGAUCGAAGUAUAUGGCCUUGAGCGCGAGUGGUUAGAAUCCAGCUGUCUUAAAAAACAGAUUAUGGUUUUAAAUAGUAUUGACAAAUCGACAUUGAAUAUUUAGAAACGUUUAGUGCAUGAUGAAAAUCCCCUCAAAUAUUGACGCACACUUCUCACCUGUUGGAAGUGGUUUAAGAGGAGGAGGAGUAGUGGAGAAAGAAGAUCAAUAUCAAAGUGCAUCUUUACAGAACCAUUCUCAGCAGCAUCAGCAUAACCGUUAUCUGCAACAUAAUAAUGAUUAUAAUCAGCUACAAUCGUAUCAUCUCAGCGAUUCACCGGUGAUGGUUGGAAACAACAUUGGCUUGACCGGCGGUACCAUGGUGACACCGAUCGCAAACGGAAAGCUAGCACCCGGCGCUGGUCCAACGGUACGAAUGAUUUCUCGUCAGAAGGCAACCGUUAGCAAGGAUGGCGAUGGGAAAGGAAAAACGCUACCGGCACGAGUAGCACACAUUUACUACCGGCACGGCUUGUUCCUGUCGAGCUAUCCGACCUGCGCGACAAGUAUAGCCAUUGCCGUCAUUAUCUUCUGUUGCUAUCCCCUGCUGAAUAUUCCUCUCCCGGGAACUUUUCCUACGAAAGUGAUAUUCCCCUAUUCGGAUCAAAUCGGAAGGAAUCUACAAUUCUCCAGUGCAGCUACCAAUGACACUUCGGAGCUAUACAACCCAUUCAGCUUCAAUGGAAACAACUUCUUUAGCAUCUACAACAUUAGCUUGGAGCCACCGUUUCCGUGGGCCAGAAUCGACCCACUGCUUUACGUCCAGCAGAUCAUUAUGCGCUCCAGUGUGGUUCCGUGGGAGGAUGAUCUGCAGCUGACAGAUGCCUUCCGGGGGCCAUUGUACGAGGUGUUCAAAUUGAUUGAGAUUAUUCGCAACCACGAGGAUGAUAGCAAAACCACACUGAGCCAUCUCUGUCUCCAUGUCGAGAAUGUAAAGCGAGCGUCCCAGCAGAUGCUUUUCCCGGAAUACAACUGUCUGCUGCUGUCGCCGGCUAAUCUGUGGCAGCAAAAUAUUCAAAGUUUUAACAAGGAUAGUAAUCUGCUGAAUACGGUUUUCGUUAAUCAUAAUCUGCACAAAUCGAAAGUUUCAACAUCGGAGAUGCUUUUCGGAGUAUCCCUGCGAGAUACCGGAGUCAAACGAUACCCGACGCGCGUCCGCACACGCAUUAUCCAGUACGCUGUCACGUUGAUCCUUCGGGAAAAUAAUCCAGCAUUCAUCAAUUCACUGAAGGAGAAACUGGCCAAAACUUAUCCACUGCAUCAGCCCGUCCCUCACGACAGCCCUGUUCAGAAGCAGAAACCGAGCGAUCAGUCGUCGAUCAUGUACAUAUUCUACCCGGGAGAGUUUGACUGGAAGGAAUUUCUGCCCCAGUGUAUCGCCAUAGUGAUGCUGUUUUGGACCGUGCAUUUUUCCGUGCGAAAAAUUGAAGUGAUACGAUCCCGGCUGCUACUUGCUUUCAGUGCCGUGCUUACUGUACUGGGUAGCUUGAUGAUGUCACUAGGAAUGUGCUUUUUCUUUGGGCUGACCAUCAGUUUGCAAUCGAAGGGAGUCUAUCCGUACUUGGUGAUUCUAGUAGGACUGGAAAAUGUGCUAGUUAUCACGAAGAGUGUCUUGACGACGGACAACAACCUGGAUGUGAAGAUACGGGUAGCGCAAGGUUUGUCGAGAGAGGGUUGGUCCAUUACGAAGAAUCUGCUUGGCGAAAUUACAAUUUUAACCAUUGGGCUGUGUACGUUUGUUCCGGUGAUUCAGGAGUUUUGUAUAUUUGCUAUCGUUGGACUGGUUUCGGACUUUUUCCUGCAAUUGAUGUUUUUUUCGACUGUCCUAGCAUUGGAUAUCAAACGGGUUGAGUAUAGUGCCGAAGUAAGGCAGCUACCGAAGAUGUUGUACUACAACAGUGACACGCGCCGAAAUGUUUUUGAUGGUACUCGCAAUGGCGGUAUUAGUCGAUCAAUGUCUCACCCGAAGCUUUCCGCGAUGGAUCAGAGCGGGAAUCAUAUCAAGAAAAAUAGUUUGACUAAUUCAGGAAACGGCAAAGACAAGAAGAUUCCGAAGCGACUGCGUGUAGUAAACUUUUGGGCAAGAACGAGAUUUUUCCAGAGAGGUUUUAUGAUCUGGAUGAUUUUGUGGAUUUCAAAUAUCAUCUAUAACUCGGGGCUUAUCGAAUACAUGAUUGACAAGAAUCUAUCGGCCCAACGUGCUGCGAGUGAAGCUAGCAAAUUGGACAUUCCUGUACACGAUAUGCAUGAUUUGAAAUCGCCGGACGGAUCCGUUCACUUGAAUUACAAUCACUUCGCGGAUGGAGAACUAAAAGGUAACAGCGAGAGAAUUCUGAACAUCACCGAACAGUUGAAACGAUUGAAGCAUCCAGACUACGAAACCGUUUAUCAGCUGUCCAAUUUCCACUGGUCGUCGAUAUUGAAGCAGUAUAACAUUUCCCUAUCGGGGCGGUACGUAAAGGUGUUGCCUUCCAUCAAAUUGUCACACGCUGUAAGUCCACAGACGGCACUUAAGUUACGCAAUCCGGAAGAGCAGGUACCGCAUCAUUUUCAAUGGAAAGCACUGGCAGCGGCUCUUGAUCCGCUUGAUUUGAACGAUGUCGACACGGGAGACAACCCGAACUUGAACAACGGGAAUGCUCCCUUUUAUCCCAAAACUCCAAUGGAGAUUAUCUUAAGUUGUAUGUUGAUUGCAGUCAGUAUAUUUGGUGUUACUUACGCUUUAGUCGUACUGUAUCGUUGCAUGUGUACUCGUAAUUAUGCAGAAUGGCGUGCUAGUUGGCACGAUAGCGAAACCGAAGAACCCAAACAAGAGCAACGAAUCCUGGAAGGAGUCCCAGUUCAAGUAAACGGACAUAAACAUCGCAUAGAGUGCCUGGUCACCGAUGGUAAUAUGAUUGCCAGUUCCUGUCUACAGGGGCAAGUUAAAAUCUGGGACGUUACCAACGGUGAACUGAUGGCCGAGAUUCAUCGAUCGAAUCAUUUCGAAAUGCAACGCAUGGAAAGUCGACAUUCGCCAAGAGAUUCUGUUAUUGUUAAAAGUGAACCGUCCAGUUCCGAUGUUACUGGGCUGCAGGAACUGUUUCCCGAGAGUUCGCCGACCAGUUUUGCUUUCAAACUGAAGAAAAAGCUACAGUUUAACUUCACCAGGCAUAAUCACCAGAAUGAAAUGCAGGAAAAUAUUAACCCAGAAUGGUUUGAUUUUACCGCUCAGUAUGAGAAACAUUUCACGAAUGAUAAUCGUGUAUGCCCAAAAGGUAUUUGUGCGGAUUUGCGAAAUCGGUUUUUGUCGAAUAAUUCGACCAAGGACUACGAUCUAGCAGCGGUGGAGAAUAAGUCCAAUCAUACGGCUUCAUCCCAGCUAUUUCGAAGAUCACGUAGUGGCGAUGACGACCCACCCCGGCAGCAGAUGAGCGCUGGCGAAUGUUCUCAGCCACCUGGAGGAGGAGGUUCGGCGCGGAAGAAAUGUUACCAGACUUCGCCGAUCUGGUGUUUGGACUUUUUAGAUAAUCUCAUAGUGAUUGGGUGUGCAGAUGGGCGGUUGGAGUUCUGGGAGGGGACGACUGGUAACUUUAAGGGUAUAUAUGAAGCCGAAAACACCCAUAACAAUGGGGUAACUAAUAUAAAGCUCGCCGGUGAUAAAGUGAUAGUCGCACGGUUGAGCGGACGAAUCGAUUUCCUGAGACUGGAAACGUACACGCAAGGUCGUCAGAUCGAUUGGGGAUUUACGUCUGCAUAUCGGCGAACCCAUGUACGCACCGGUUCGGCAGGAAGCAUUAGCUUAUUUCAGCAAUCUGCCGGCUCAAAUCCGUCCACAGCGCUGCCGGCACAACAUCACGCAUCCGAGGAGGAGCUUCGAUGUAUCUUGGAGUUUCACCAGCAGGGUCACCAAAUGCCGGUGACAUGUUUGGAAGUGGCGGGCGGUACAGUCAUGACUGGCAGCCAGGACCACACUGUUAAAGUGUUCCGGCUCGAUAGCCACCUGUUGCAGUUCACCCUACACGGCCACUGCGGUCCGAUCACAUGUAUUUUCAUAGACCAGUGGCAGGCCGGGAUGGGCGCAUCUGGUUGCCAGGAUGGUGUGCUAUGUGUGUGGGACUUGAUACGGGGUGCCUGUAUGUACAAAAUUGAAGCCCAUGACGACUCAAUCGUCGCACUUGCCUGUUCCCCGAGUUACGUAAUAUCGCUCGGAUUGGACGAACGAAUACGGGUCUGGGAUAGAUUUCAGGGUCAGCCGCUCAACACCAUGACCGUCAGUCAUGCAUAUUCAUCGCUUGUGAUGCUGACGCCGUCCCUUCUCGUGACUGGAAAGCCAGGUUCACUAGUCGUAUGGGACGUCCAUACUGGGGAUGUAGCUCGGGAAGUCAAGCUUGACUGUUCCAAUUCACAGCUAAGUCCGAAGAUUAUGCUACCUGCCAGUGGUUCGGUAAUUUGUGACUACGGAAAUCAAAUGAGAAUCGUUCGUUUCCCGCUUGUGGCGGCGGAGAAGUGUGACUAAAUGGGGGGAGCGAAACACAUGAUGAAAGACUUACACACAAACACAUUACAAAACAAAGUUUUUACUCAGUAAUGCAAAGCAACCAGUAACAUUGACUAAAGAUACUAAAAGUAGUUUUUUGUCUAGAUUAAGUCACUAUUACAAAUUAGGUUGGGAGGCACUUGUUUGAGAUAUUAUUUAUUCUUUUUCUAAAAAUGGUCUUUGUUAUAGCUUUUCAGCUUUUAUUAGCUCUGCCAACAUGCUUAUAUUUUUCUCACUGCAAACGAAACGGAAACGAGAAUUAGCAACUGUGCAGCUCUCUAGUAAAUUGAUUUGUUCUAGUAAUUUAUUGUUUUUGGCUUCCCUAAUUUUAGAGUGUAAAUAUGCCAAUAAGAAUAUCCUAUACAACAUAAGGUGUCCUUAAACCGUUGAAAACAAAGAUCAACGAAAUAACAAAAGUACCAAACCGAACCUGUCAGAACGAUAAGUGAUUGCCACUAGGGCCUUGGAACGAAUAAUCAAUUUUCAAUCUAAUCGCUUUCAUUAUCCGUAAAUUAACUUAGGGUUUAUUGCAACUUGAAACAACUUGGAUAAUAGAAAACACUCAUUUCACUUACAAACAACAGACCUACACUCAUACGAGUAUGCAUAUAUUGAUGUAUGCAAGCAAAUGUUGCAUUAGUAAUAAAAGACAAUUUUCAUUAAUUGAAAAA